AUGAGCCAAAAUAACUCUCCAGCCCCAUCGGCCACCACUGCCAAUCUCAUCAACGGUCGAAACCACGAGAGCCCAGCCACCUCGGAUGCUCGGAUGUUCCAAACGGCAACCAUCGGUGGAUGUUUCAACGGUUUACAAUAUACUCCCCACCGCAACGCUCAACAUCCACUUGGCUCGAAAUGCCCGAAUGCUCCAAAAUCUAACAAGGCAACUGCUACAUCGUAUCAUCAGCGACCGGAUACUCCGAGAUACCAGCAGCGAGCUUCAACGCCAUCAAUGACUCCAACCGCUCGUUUCGGAUACCAUGGGAUUCGUCCACUUUUCAAUGGAUAUAAUCAGAAGCAUUCGGGCAUUUUUAAUUCGCCGGCCAACCGCAGCAUUGUCCAGAAGUCGACUCUUCCAAUUUGGGCAAGCGAUGAACAUGGCAACGUGGCAGAUACCGUAACCUUGGAUGACGUCAUCCAAAUGGAUUCUCUCAUGGAAUUUAUGAAGGAUAAGAACGGUUGUCGAUUCCUUCAGGACCAAUAUUCAGAGGAUUGCCACGUGGAAUCUCAUCAGAAAAUCUUCGAGCAGCUGGUGGCGGAUCGUGUGAUCUUCUUGGAUCAAUGCAAGCAUAUGUUCGGAAACUUCUUUGUUCAACGCGUUUUGGAGUGUUCCGAUGCAGAAGAACAGAAGAUUAUUGUGGAGUAUUUGAAGCUUGAAGUCGUACUGGCAUCCCGUUUGGCAUCGGAACUCCGUGGUGUGGAUCUCACCCACGCAUGCAUUGAUCAAAACGGGAACCACGUCAUUCAACAGCUCCUCAAGACAUUGCCACCGUCUUCGUGGCAGUUUCUCGUGGAAUUCUUCUCUCGUGACACAAAUUUCGUCGAAGUCUGCGAGGAUAAGUACGUUUGCCGUGUGAUUCAAUCAACGCUGGAAACGCUUUCGAAACGCGAGCAGCUGGUGGCUCUUCGUCGACUCGUCGGGGUUAUUAUCCGGAAUUGUGGACAACUGGCUUCGAAUGAGUUUGCCAACUACGUCGUUCGACACGUCAUCAAAUGUGACGAUGCCGAGAUGACCAUCUAUCGUGACGUCAUCAUUGAGAAGUGCUUGUUGCAAAACCUGCUGUCAAUGUCACAGGAAAAGUAUGCGAGUCACGUGGUCGAGAUUGCGCUUUGCUCCGCCCCCAAUUGAUCGUCGAAAUGAUGAACGAAAUUUUCGACGGAUACGUUCCGCAUCCGGAGACGAAUCGUGACGGACAUCCUCCUAUUCCACCAAUACGGAAACUACGUCGUUCAACAGAUGAUCCACGUGGCCGGUCAGAGCACGGAGCAGAAGUGGCUCGAGCGAAUCCGUGAACGUGUCGUCCGGAAUGCGUCACGUCUUGAACGAUUCUCGUCCGGCAAGAAAAUCAUCGCCACACUUGGACUUUG